AUGGAUGAGAGAUACAUGGCAUCACUUCCCAAGUCUACAGCGGGCAAGAAGGGCAGCAAAAAGCAUGCCAAUCAAAGCGAUCCUAGUAGCAAUUCAACGGUACCUGACUUUAUACAGAAAUUGUUUCGCAUGCUAGAAAAUCAAGCAUUUAAAGAUGUAUUCUGUUGGGGUCCCUCAGGAACCAGCUUUCUAGUCAAGGAUACCAACGAAUUUUCAAAGUCGAUUCUACCAAAGCAUUUCAAACAUUGUAAUUUCGCUAGUUUUGUUCGGCAGCUAAACAAGUAUGACUUUCACAAGAUAAGAAGCAAUACCGAUGAGACUCAAAAGCUCUACGGGGAUCAGACUUGGGAGUUUGAACAUUCGCAUUUCAGACGAGACAGAAAAGAUUUGCUGGAAGAAAUCAAGAGAAAAACGCCUGGAAAGAAAAAGAAAUUUGAUAAGGAACAACAGUUACAACAAGAUCAGUUACUCUCUCAAACACCCUCUCCUACGCUUCAAUACAAAGCAUCCAAUGCAUCGUCCAUGUCCGAGAUGGCAGCAUUUCAGCAGCUGAAUAAACUGACGAAAAGCCUUCAAUCUCAAGUUGAUCUGCUCAAACAAUCGCAAUCCGAAUUGGAAUCUACCUUGGAAAGCAUGAGUGAAAAGGAAAAAAUCAUUAUGACCGAGCUUUCGGGAUUGCAGCAAAGCCUUUUAGCCAAAGAUGAGCUGCUCAAGGAUUGCCUCAAGCUGCAACAACAGGGAAACUCAAAGCAAGCAGAUGUUAAAUUGGAAAAUCCAGAAAUACCCAUUAUUUCAUCAUCUGAUGCCGUAUCUACGGCAAAUGCAUCUUCUCAGGCUUGGGCUGAACAGCCAUUGGAAAGCUUACUGACUGAUAUCUUUUUACCAACACCAUCUCAGAGUUCAGUAGAUACAGCUUCUGUUGCAGCAGCAGCAGCUCAAUUAAAUGGAUCUAGUCUCAUUGGCUCCUCUAUCAAGACUUCAGACGGACUAACGUUUUUAGCACUUGGUAGACUUUCAAAUAGUAAAUCAGACCAGCAACAACAACAACAACAACAACAACAACAACAACAACAACAACAUCAUCAUCAUCAUCAUCAUCAUCAUCAUCAUCAUCAUCAGCAGCAGCAGCAGCAGCAGCAGCAGCAGCAACAACAACAACAACAACAACAACACCACCACCAUUUACAGCAUCAGCAUCCCCAACCACAGCCAUAUCCUCACCCACCACAGCAACAGCCACAACAUCAUGUGCUCUCUGAAACCCCCACUAUUCUAGAUAAAGGGAAAAAGAAGAUGAUGGCUAGUUGGACAACACCCCCACGUGUGCUACUCGUCGAUGAUGACUCUGUUUAUCGAGAUGUGAGUGGUCGCAUGUUGAAUAUGGUGGGCUGCUCCAUUGAUCUAGCAAAAGAUGGGUUGGAAGCUCUACAAAAGAUGAGUGUAGAGAAGUAUGAUUUGAUUCUCAUGGAUAUUGUCAUGCCCAAAAUGGAUGGUAUUGCUACUACAAGAAAUAUCAGGCGGUAUGACUCACUCACACCAAUUGUUUCCAUGACAUCUAAUUUCACACACAAUGAUAUUAUGGAGUACAUCGGUAUCGGCAUGAAUGACAUUUUGCCAAAACCUUUUUCAAAGAAUACGUUGUAUGACAUACUGGAGAAGCACUGUUCCCAUCUCAAGAUUAUUCAGCAACAGCAACAGUUGCAACAACAACAACAACAACAACAACAGCAACAUUCACAGACAGAGCAAUUGAUGAUUCCCAGACUUUUAGAUGAUAACAAUCUAUAUACCCCAGCGAGUGCAACAUCAACCACCACAUCUGCUACAACGACACCGACCACACCCAACACCACAUCGCCUACUCAGCAACAUCACACCAACAAUUCAGAUUACUGGCAGCCAUUAGACAACAGCAAUAGGAAAUUGAUAUGGUCUUCAUCUUCACCUGCAUCUUCCUCUUCCUCUUCUUCUGUACAUAGUCAGACUCCACAUAACAAAAGACAAAAACUACAUGAAUUGUAUGAUAAUUGA